UCGUUGUAUUCCAUUUACUGGUUAUCUUGGUAGCUUGGUCAUGGAUUAGGUCCAUUUUUGUGUCACCUGGGGUACUUCCAGUGCGGCAUAUGAAAAAGGUUGCUUUCAGUUCCCUAUCAGACGAGAGCAAAAAGGUAAUACUCGGGUCAAGACCAGACGGAGGUCAAGGGCAAGAACAGGUUCAAGCUGGAGAUGAGGGGCAGGCACAAUCAAUGCCCCAGGCCGGUCCAAGUUCCAGUGUAGGGGACGAAGACCAAGCACACACAGGGAUAGAUACCGAGGCACAGACAGAAGCCACACAACCUGAGACGUCAUGGGAAACACGAACCUCCUCGCUGGCACGGACAACCUUGAAAUUUGAAGAUGCACCGCCAGUGCUCACGGAAAAGACUGAGUGCACUCAUAGUAUGGAAGGCACAUCUGAACCAAGUGCGACAAAUAAGGCGUGUUUGGAAAGGUCUGCCGCGACAGAUACGCCGAUUAAACAUACAGGCACACCCACCGAAGUUGAAAGUACAGGUGUUUCAGCGCCGAAUACACAAAUUAUGAGCCAUGAUAUUCCCGUUGCACUCGAUGCCAAUUCUGCACAUCCCCCACCAGCAAUGGUUGCUCCUCUGAGUACACCACUCUCUGGGGAUAUAUUAAGAUCAGCAUCUUCUGCACCGAUAGACAUGGAUGAUAUAGAAAAUUUGGAAACCAAAGUGACGUUUCGCAUACCAGCAUCCGAGAUGAAGCUGGAUGAGCGUGGUAUGCUGAUGUAUUUGAAGAAUGACGACAACGUUCACUGUCCUGUGCGAACAAUUACCGCCGAGCGAGGGGGGGGCGUGAGACUGUGCCGUAUUGAGAAACUGGUAAAACCAGACAGAACUCAUCAUUGUUCCAUCUGUCGACGGUGCAUUCUCCGCUACGACCACCACUGUCCGUGGAUACACAACUGCGUAGGCUUUCACAACCAUAAGUACUUCUAUUUAUUCCUGCUGUAUAUGUUUCUCAUAUGCUGGUGGGUAUUUGGAACUACUCUGCCAUAUACUAUUGAGUGGUUUACGUCAGGCAAUCUUAGUGAUACAAAGGGAGGGACGUAUCCGAUUUCCUUAUCUCUGACGAUUAUCGGCGCUAUAUUCGGCAUAAUGGUGACGGGUUUAUUCUUCUUCCACACCUAUCUGAUAUGUGUCAACAAAACAACUGUGGAGCAGAAUUUUGCACCGAAUUUCACUGUGAGUAGUAAGCGAAGCAAUGUCUUUAACCUGGGCGUGUACAACAAUUGGAAGUAUAUUAUGGGAGAUAAGGUUUGGCUCUGGUUCUUACCACUCGACGGUGGUCGAAGUGGUGACGGCCUGGCGUAUCCACUGCCAGAGUCGAAAGAGCUAGCAUAACCAAAUAGUGCAGUAACGAAUAAGCCCAGAUUGUGUAUGUGGUUUACACACAGAGGCGCGCCAGGCUCUAAAUUAGACAUAAAAGAUACAGUAUAUAGGCUUAUGUGCGAGUGCUCCAAAUCACUUGUGGAAUAUAGAUAAAUUGAGGAGGUAGCAAUCCCCGAUUUCGAAUUUGAGACGACCGUGGUGGAUGCAGUAGAAGCCACAUUUCAGCCUUCAGGCAAUUUGAAGACGAUCCGGUGUAGAUGGCAAUGAUAUAUCGCAAAUAAGAAUCAAACGACACGCACGAAUCAGGGAUUAGAUUGCUCCGCGGGGUCGGCAACGUGUCUCGAUCUUUGAACGAGAUCGCAAAAAGGCUACAUGGCGCCGUGCAAGGAUUAAGACAAGAACUAUUCAAUCCCGAGUAUAUGAUUGAAAAUCGUUGGAUAUUCAACUUGGUGAACAAAUUAUAGAACGAAUGCAGUAGAAAACAAUUUGCAAUUAACUUUGUCAGGGGAAAUAUCAAGGUGUGAAUUCCUACCAGUGGAAGUACGCACUUGGGGAUUUAGAACAAUAUGAGUGCGCCGACAAGUUUUGACUAUCUACGAUACGAUUCGAGCGGCGUGCGGUGGGUAUUGAUGUAACCGUAUUUGUUUCGAUCUUCUAUGGGCUUAAAGGCCACAAUAAAGCUGGGUGCCAGGGAUGCACACAGAAGAAACAUCACCAACGGUAGCUAUGCCAAGCUAUAUAUUGGAUUUACGUCGUUAACGUGAGGCUUUGUGACCGCCUGUGUUCUCCUCGAUGAC